AUGCAGGCGACACCUGGUGUCAAUCAGAACGAGGCUAUCUCUGCGCAAAAACAAAAUAUUUCUUUCUCUUUCCUUUCAAUAUCUCUCUUUCUUCCUCCCUUUUUCUCUCAGUAUCUCUCUCUUACUCGCCUUUUUCCCUCAAUAUCUCUCUCUUCCUCCCUAUUUUCUUUCAAUAUAUUAUCUCACUUUCUUCUUCUUCCUUUUCUCUCAUUAUCUCUUUCUUUCACCCUCUUUACUUUCAAUAUCUCUUUCUUCCUCCUCCUUUUCUUUCAAUAUCUCUCUUUCUUCCUCCCUUUUUUCUCAAUAUCUCUAUUUCUUCUUCCUCCUUUUCUCUCAAUAUCUCUCUUUCUUCCUCCUCCUUUUCUCUCAGUAUCUCUCUUUCUUCCUCGCCUUUUUCUCUCAAUAUCUCUCUCUUCCUCCCUAUUUUCUUUCAAUAAAUCUUUUUCCUCUCUCCUUUCUCUCAAAAUCUCUUUCUUCUUCCUUUUCUCUCAUCAUCCCUUUCUUCCUCUCACUUUUCUCUUAAUAUCUCUUUCUUCCUCCUUUUUUUUUCUCAAUUUUUCUUCCUCCUUUUUUCUUUCAGUAUCUCUCUUUCUUCCUACUUCUUUUCUCCCAUUAUCUCUUUCUUUCACCCUGUUUAAUUUCAAUAUCUCUUUCUUCCUCCUCCUUUUCUCUCAAUAUCUUUAUUUCCUUCUCCUUCUUUUCUCUCAAUAUCACUCUUUCUUCCUCCCUUUUUUCUCAAUAUCUCUCUUUCUUCCUCCCUUUUUUCUCAAUAUCUCUUUCUUAUACCCUCUUUCCACACAAUAUAUUUAA